GUCGUGACUUUGUGCACGCUGAACCAUCUUCCCAUACAAAUUUCAUGCCCUCUUGCGGUCAUCACAGGACCAACAUCAUGCGCACCACUACCAUUCUCACAUCCACUCUCCUCACCGUGACUUCACUGGCCCAGACCCCUGUAGGCAGUUGGCCAACAGCGCAGGUCAGUUUGGGAGCAUCAUUCGGGAACGUGACUGUCACUCCUGAUGUGUGGGUCAACCCUGACGGUAUGAUUUCCGAUCUUUCCUUGCCCUUCAGAAGGUCAGCCCAAUGCAGCACACUAAUGCAUCCACCUGUCAGACGUGACAUCUGCCCCAUCCGUCUACCCGGGGCGAGUCAAGCAGGUCUACCCUGGAACCUAUAUGAUCGUGAUGCUCGACCUCAACAUUCCGGACUCGGAUGUCACCACCGCCAACCACUAUGCUACACUGGUUCCAGGACUGGCAGCCAAUACCACCACUCGUGUGCAUUGGUGGGGUGGGAACUUCACCCUCGAGGGCCGGACAUUCGUCAAUUCGAGCGAUGCCUUGGCGCCCUAUACCGCCCCGCGGCCCAGAGAUAGCACCGAGCAUACCUACACAAUCUAUCUGUUUGAUCAGCCCAAGGGCUAUGUUCCGCCUACAGCGGCGGUGGAGGGCUUGUACUAUGAUCAAACCACUGCUGCACGGUUCAAUUUCACCUUGGCGCCCAUUGUGGCUGCGGUGGGUGAGCCGGUGGCUGCAACAUAUUUUGUCAGUUCAGCAACUGAUUAAGUAAGGGGAAGGAUAUGCAGUGUCUGCAAAGUAGGAUUGAAAUCGGCAGUUUGUAUAUACUGUGUCUUUGUG